UAGAGUAUUUGUCAAAAUUGUCAAUAUUCUUUAUCCGAGACAAAUUUGUGUUUGUUUCUACACGACACAUUAAUUAGAAACGAUGAAUUUAAAAUACUUAUUAUUUUUUUGUUCAGUACAAGCGCUAAAUUAUUGUUACGCAUAUGGUGAUCCGUCAUUAUCAAAUGAAUUAGAUAGAUUCAACCCAUGUCCUUACAGUGAUGAUACUGUGAAGAUGAUUAUUUUAACAAGGGAAAAUAAAAAACAUGAUUUUUAUACACUCAAUACAAUAAAGAAACAUAAUGAAUUCAAGAAAUCAACUAUAAAACAUCAAGUUGUAUUCAUUACGCAUGGUUUUACUUCAUCUGCAACCGCAGAAAAUUUCCUAGCUAUGGCAGAAGCUUUGAUAGAUAAAGGUAAUUAUCUCGUAAUCUUGAUCGAUUGGCGGGUGGCUGCUUGUACUAAUGAAAUUGCAGGUGUGAAACUUGCAUAUUACAGUUAUGCCGCCAGUAAUACACGUUUGGUUGGAAAUUAUAUCGCUACGGUUACCAAGAUGCUUGUACAACAAUAUAAUGUACCGAUGGCAAAUAUACGAUUGAUCGGACACAGUUUGGGCGCACAUACUUCAGGUUUUGCAGGCAAAAAAGUUCAAGAGUUAAGAUUAGGAAAAUAUUCUGAAAUUAUUGGGCUUGAUCCUGCUGGGCCUUCAUUCAAGUCAAAGGAAUGUUCUCAGAGAAUCUGCGAGACAGACGCAAAUUAUGUUCAAAUUAUACAUACAUCAAAUCAUUUAGGAACACUGAUAACCCUUGGAACUGUCGAUUUCUACAUGAAUAACGGAUAUAAUCAACCCGGUUGCGGACUUCCUAUUAUUGGAGAAACUUGCUCUCAUACGAGAGCCGUGAAAUACUUUACCGAGUGUAUAAAACAUGAAUGUUGUUUAAUUGGAGUCCCACAAUCAAAGAAUCCGCUGCCUGUUUCGAAGUGCACAAGAAACGAGUGCGUUUGCGUUGGAUUAAACGCAAAGACAUAUCCUAAAACUGGCUCAUUUUAUGUACCAGUUGAAAGUAAAGCUCCCUAUUGCAAUAACAAAGGUAAGAAAAUUUAAUUAUAUAAAAAAAAAAUUACUAUUAACACAAAUGUGUUUUUUAACGAUGAAAUGAAUAAAUUAAGAUUCAAAAAAAUAA